AUGGCGGCUCACAGACGGCUGCCCUUGCUGUUCCACAAAAGCCUGCCUUCCUUUAGUAACCAAAAGCUUGUCCACACCGAGGCUGUGGUCCAGGAGCCCGCGUAUCCCCCCAUCAUUCCCUCUCUCACGGCUAAAAGUAAAUCUGCCCGGCGGCGACAGGUUGAGGAACAAGUACAAAAGAUAUGUGCCUCCCCUCUGGAAGAGAAGAUCUCCCUCGUCACUCGCAUACAGCGGAUGAAAUUUGUGGUUUACCCUCAAACGUGGGCACGGAACGCAGACAGAUGGUACCAGCACUUUACCAAGACCGCGUAUAUCCCGGGCCUGCCCGAGAAAUUCACACUAGGCGUGAAGAAGACCGCGGGCGAGGAGAGCUCGCCGCCAGCCGCAGCUCAAGCCACAGUACCGGGGAUUGAAAAUGAUGCGUUCGCGGACAUCCGCUCCAUGAUCACUCGUGUGAUUUUGCAGGAGCACUGGCACAUGAAGAAACGCAAACCUUUCCUGUACAGAUAUCAGGAGCAGAUGGUUGGACCUUUACUGAGAAACCUGGUGACUGGACUCACCUACACACUGGCCAAAUACAAUCCUCUGUUCCUCCUCUCCAGUCUAGAUAUUAAUCCCCAGGUGAACUUUUAUUGGAGGAGAGGACAGAGGAUCAUCCCAAAGGGGCACCGGAGAGGCCGUCAAGAGCCAACCAGGUUCCAGAUUGAUGACCACCCACACAGCCAGAUUAGGAUAACUCAACAGCUGCCACAGUUCACCCCGCUGGAAGCCUCCUAUGCAGCUGAAGUUCCAGAGAUCACAUUAGCUCCCAACGUGAUGCCUCUGUUCAGAAGACAGUAUGACAACAAUAUUUUUACAGGUUCCAAGCUGCCAGACCCAGCAUGCUAUGGUCACACCCAGUUCCACCUGGUGCCUGACCGAUACCACAGAGACCGGAUGGCUUUGCACCAGCAGUCUGAUCAGGUGGAGCUCUUCCUCAGAGCCAAUGGACUUGCCAGCCUCUUUGCCUGGACAGGAGCUCAGGCCAUGUACCAGGGUUUCUGGAACCACGAGGAUGUCACCAGGCCUUUCGUGUCCCAGGCUGUGAUCACAGACGGCCAGUUCUUCUCCUUCUUCUGCUACCAGCUCAACACAGUGGCUCUCUCUGUGGAGACGGACGCCAACAACCCCAGAAAAAACCUCCUGUGGGGCACUGAGAGCCUGCAACUGUACGAGAGCGUGAAGGAUGGAGAGGUUGUGGGUCUGAACGACGACGUCAUCAAGCUUCUGGUUCAGUUCCUCAUGAACCAGCCGUAGAUUUUUUUUAUCAGAUUUCCGUCUUUGCCUCUUUGAAAAAUGUCUUUGGGGAGACUCCCUUUAGUCUGUGUUGUCCAAGCCAUCGAGAGAUGAAACACAUCGAGAGAAAGAGCCCAACAUGUCAGACUGUAUAAAAUGUAAUGUUCUAAAAACCAGAAAAAUCUAUAUUAAGCUGUGUUAAACAUUAGUUUGAAAACUGAACAAAGUACUGAAAAAUACUGUAUGCAUGUCUCUUAUUAUUGUGCAGACUGUAUUUAUGCAGAAAUUAAACCAUGCUU